AUGUCUGCCUCUAAAGAUGUCCAGUUCACUUUGAAAGUUAUGAUAAAUAGAGAUAAAACUAAGGUCCUCUUUGCAGAGGCCGACAGCGAUUUUUUCGACGUUUUGUUGAGCUUCCUGACACUGCCAUUGGGAAGGAUCACAAAAAUUAUCGCGGAACACUAUGGAGACGACAAACCCAGAGUCGGGAGCUUGACCUCCUUGUACAAUGGCCUUGCUGAUCUUGAUGUUGCCCAUUUUCAUACAGAGACCGGUAAACAAAUGCUGCUGAACCCGAGAAGCGUGUUUGAUAAAGAAUGCCAGGCCGACAGCGAUUUUUUCGACGUUUUGUUGAGCUUCCUAACACUGCCAUUGGGAAAGAUCGCUAAAAUCAUCGCGGAACACUAUGGAGACGACAAACCCAGAGUCGGGAGCUUGACCUCUUUGUACAAUGGUCUUGUCAAUCUUGAUGUUGUCCAUUUUCAUACAGAGACAGGCAAACAAAUGCUGCUAAACCCGAGAAGUGUUUUUUUUAAAGAAUGCCGUCAGAUGAAGCUGAAUCUUAGUGAUUCUGAGCCCACCAAGUACUUCACAUGCGAUUGGCCGGUGAGUGGGAAGCACAAUAUCACCAUGUACUAUGAUACUGUUAGAUGUGAUUGUGGGAAAAUUAUGAGCAGAGAAGCAAAAAUUAUAUCGUCUGAGACUGCUGAAGAUGGCGAUGAUGGAGCUUUUUGCACGAAAGGUGCUUCCUUUAUAAUUAGUGAUGAUAUGCGGAUGGCGCUGGCAGGGUCCUUCUUUGGGGCUCUAGCUGAACUUGGUAUUAGGGACAUCAAAGGGGCCGAGAUGAGGAAUAUGACGUUUGGACAUAAUGAGAUUGUAGAUUUGCUGAAAGGCAUGCUCGUUUCACGGACUCCCUUGACCGAUAUCAUAAUCGGCAAAGGUAAAAGAAACUUUGACUUUAUGAAGUUUAAACCUGGAGUUUUCUUACCGAAGACUGAGAAAGCAGCUGCUUCCAACUCUGAUAAGAUGAUGAUACUGAAAGUCAUAAUACAAAAAUCUACCCAAAAGUUACUGUUUGCGCUAGCGGAGGAUGAUUUUGCCGAAUUUCUCUUUAGUUUGCUUACCAUCCCACUCGGUGGAGCUAUGUCACUUAUUGGAAGCAGCACUUGUCCUACAAGUUUAUACAAUUUGUACACUAGUGUACAAAAUAUUAAUGAUGAUAAGUACUUGAUUAAAGAUACAAAGGUCAAAUUACGGGAAACCAAACUACCUAUCGGAUAUAUGUCCCCAAACCAACUUAUUCCUCUAACCGAAGAAGGAUCUUCUGAAAUUCGUUUUGAAUCUGGGUGCCAGGUGACCUACUAUAGUGGCCAUUGGGUGCCUAAUACAUUCGCAGAAGUGCACGAAAAAUAUGUAAAAGGACUAAAUAUGUAUAUGGUGACAGACGAUUUAACUGUGACUCCCUUGUCUUCCACCUCGGGCUUUUCCGUUAUCAAUAGCCUCAAAAUCCCUUUAUCCGAAGUCAAGGAACUUGAGCUGGUUGUUGGCUUGGAAGAGGCUCUGAGCAUACUGAAAGCAUCUCUAACUUCGUCUUGCGCCUUAACCGAUGGCCUCAUCGCUCCUUUUUUAAGGAAGCAACCAAAGCAAGAGGGAUAA